AUCACAUAAUGCAGUUUAAUCGAUGCUUCUAAAUCGAGUGCUAGUAUAAUAAUUGUGUUGUAUUAAUAAAAAGAAUGGAUUCCUUUGAUGGUGAGCUCAGAGCCGGGGUGCGACUAAUUGUUUUAAACCUUCCAGAAGAUGAGGGUGAAGGCCUAGGCUUUCGUUUGACAAGAACACUAUGGGAUCCUUAUCCUUGGGUCCAUGACGUCACAUCCGGUUCUCGAGCCGAUUCUGCCGGAUUGACAACCGGAGAUUGUCUCUUGCAAGCCGAUGGGAAGGAUCUGUUGGGGUUGCCAGUUGGACAAGUAGCAGGCUUGAUUAGAGGCAAUGGUGCGAGUCAUGGUGUGUCUCUACUGGUUUGGAACUGUGGUGUUGACCCUAAAGAUGAUCCUGAGUUACUAUGGAGUGCGGGUGGCGGUUCCCGCGGGGAGAAAUCUCGUCGUGCUCUAGCUGGUGUCGUUAAAGCGCUAUCCUGUUGCGUGUGUGCGGCUACAGCUGUUAAUGCGCUUAAUUGUGCCAGAUCACAUUUGUAUUGUGAAGGUUGUUGGACACGUUUAGAGCGGUGUGCAUUAUGUCGGGAACCUUUGCCGCCAAAAGAGUCGCCAUAUGCUAAGAAUUUAGUUGCGGAACAGGUCUUUGAAGCAAUAGCAACUGAAUACGAAAUAAAAGACCCAGCAAAGAAAACUCAAAAAACGUUAUCAGCUUAUAACACUCCAAACAGAUCACCUAACGUAUCUCCAUCACCUAGACGUAAAGGCCAAUAUCAACUAUCCAUGAUGAACAGAAAUAGAUUCCAAUCUAGCGAAAAAUAUUCGUCAGAUCCAAAUAUACGACGUUCCUUACUUAUAGACUGUCAUAAAGCCAAUACAAAACAAAAUAUGGUAGAAAGUUCUAAUACUGGCAAUUGUAGCUGUCAAUGUCAAAAAGAAAGCGGAAGUGUUGAAAAUGUCAGUUGUCAAAAAAUGCAAAUUAAUUGCAACGAUGCGAAUUGUAAAUGUGAUGAAAAUGUUCCAAGAAUAAACACAGACGAAACAGAUUGUUGCACUGGGAAUGUGUCUUGUAAUAAUGUUUCAAUUCAGCACAAAUUAGUUGCUAGAUUGCGGCAAGCGUGUUCUUUGGCGGAUUUACAAAACUUCGCUAUUCAGAGUUGCCAUUUAUCUAAAUCUUUAAGUAAUAUUAAUUCGAAUGAACAAAGUGACUGUAACGGACAACAGAGUACCUCAAUGGAUAAUUUAAAGACAAAUAAUUCUUGUGAUACGCCUGUGUAUUUACUUUCGCCACCCCCAAUUUACGUCUUAGCCUGUGAUCACCAAUGAAGAUGAA